AAGCAACGGGCACACUGGCAAUUUACUUUGUUUUGGAAAACAUUCACAGCAAUCAUAUAUUCUUAUCACGAAAAUGGAAAAACUGGAGGCUCUGAAAAUAUCUUCGAUGCGUCCGCGCAGCAAUAUUCUGGAUAGACCGCUCUCCAAGGGCAAAACGGAGGUUUCCCAAAGCAUUGUGGCGCUGUUGUUCAGCGAAAUCGUGCAGUACUCACAGAGUCGAGUGUUUACAGUGCCAGAAUUGCAAACAAGGCUCCAUGACCUAGGUCAAGACGUGGGCACCAGGAUUAUCGACCUAUACUUUGUGAGGGAGAGGAGUUCCAAACGGGAAACCAAACUAACGCAAAUGCUGCUGUUUGUAAAGACCACCGUGUGGAAAAAUCUAUUUGGAAAAGAGGCGGAAAAACUAGAACAUGCAAACGAUGAUGAGAGGACGUACUAUAUCAUAGAAAAGGAACCCCUGGUUAAUACUUUUAUAAGUGUGCCCAAAGAUAAGGGUUCCUUGAAUUGUGCUAACUUCACAGCUGGCAUUGUGGAGGCUGUGCUGACAAAUUGCGGAUUUCCUUGCAAGGUCACCGCCCACUGGCACAAGGGCACAACGUACAUGGUUAAGUUUGAGGACUUUGUCAUCGCCCGCGACAAGCAAAUGGAGGAGAAAUAAAUUACGUUUACUUAACAGUA